GAGAGACUUGCGCACUUGGGUCGGGCUGUGGGAAAGUAGCGCACACGGACACAGGCGAGCGGCUCGUGCUUUAAGAUAAAAAAAGUAAAAGUCUGUCUCUGUAAAAGUCUAAAACCGAUUGAGAUAAAUUAAAGAAAACCCCAAGGAAAGAUCCCAAUUAUUGCGGUCCAGGCAACAGCUAUGGAAUUGCCGGUUCUGGUUUUAGCGGCGGUGGUCCUGUCCUUUGGAUCCAGCACUAAAGUGAAUGUUCCGCGCCUUCGACUUUCUUAUAAAGAUCUUUUGGCCACAAACCGUACCUCAUUCUUCGGUGGUUUCCGUGGUGAUUUGCACUUGUCGGCUGUGUUUUUGGAUGAAUAUCACGACAGGCUUUUCCUUGGAGGAAAGGAUGUUCUGUAUUCACUGAGAUUGGAUCACACACAUGAUGCUAAAGAGAUCCAUUGGCCUUCGUUGCCUGGUAACCGUGAUGACUGUAUUCUCAAAGGAAAAGAUCCUGAGACGGAGUGUGCAAACUUUGUGCGGUUGUUGCAGCCGUUUAACCGCACUCAUCUCCUGGCCUGCGGAACGGGUGCGUUCCAACCUGUCUGCGCAUAUGUGUACGUCGGACACCGUGGAGAGCAUGUGUUCAGUCUGGAUCGUUCCACAGUGCAGAAUGGGAGGGGAAAGUGUCCCCAUGACCCCAAACUACCCUUUUCAAGCACCUUCACAGGUGGAGAGCUAUAUACAGGCCUGACUGCUGACUUUCUGGGAAGAGACUCUGUGAUUUCCAGAAGUUUAGGGUCUCGUUCACCCAUGAGGACAGAGACAGAUCAGAAAAAUCUGCGUGAGCCCAGGUUUGUUGCGACUCACCUCAUUCCUGACAGCGCGGACCGAGACGAUGAUAAAAUUUAUUUCUUCUUCACUGAGAGAGCAGCAGAGACGUCAGAGAGAGAUGAUGAAGGAUCUAUAUACACACGCAUUGGACGAGUGUGUGCGAAUGAUGUGGGUGGCCAGAGGGCUCUGGUGAAUAAGUGGAGCACAUUUAUUAAAGCCCGGCUGGUGUGUUCUGUUCCCGGACCUCACGGCAUCCAAACACACUUUCAUCAACUGGAGGAUGUGUUCUUGUUACGGACCAAAGAUGAAACAAAUCCAGAGAUCUAUGCGAUAUUUAGCACUAUCAGUAAUGUGUUUCAGGGCUACGCAGUGUGUGUGUAUAGUAUGGCCGAUAUCCGUGAGGCGUUUAAUGGGCCUUUUGCUCAUAAAGAGGGUCCGGACUAUCAGUGGGGACCUUAUGAAGGACGAGUUCCUUAUCCACGACCAGGAGUGUGCCCUAGUAAGAUUACAGCUCAGCCCGGCCGUGCGUUCCGCAGCACGCUGGAGUUUCCAGAUGCAGUGCUGCAGUUUGCCCGGACACACCCGCUGAUGUGGCGCCCCGUUUACCCAUCGCAGCGUCAGCCGCUUCUGCUCCGCACAGGCGCCCCGUACAAACUCACACAGAUCACUGUAGACCGCACGCAGGCCGAGGACGGAUACUAUGAUGUCAUGUUCAUUGGCACUGACAUCGGCACGGUGCUAAAGGUUAUCGUACUGGGAAAUGGUCAUUUACACACCACUGAGGAAAUCACACUGGAGGAACUGCAAGUGUUUAAGGUUCCCACACCCAUAACCUCUAUGGAUAUAUCUGUGAAGAGGCAAACUCUGUUCGUGGGUUCAGACACAGGUGUGGUCCAGGUGCCUCUGCAUCGCUGCAGUUUGUAUGGUAAAGCGUGUGCCGAGUGCUGCCUGGCUCGAGAUCCUUACUGCGCCUGGGAUGGACACUCAUGCACACGAUACCUGCCAAACACCAAACGCCGAUACCGUAGACAGGACAUCAAACAUGCAAACCCUGCGGUGCAGUGCAUGGAUCAAAACCUCAGUGUAGAAGAUUUGGAUCUGACUGAAGAGCAGGUGGUUUAUGGCACUGAAAACAACAGCACAUUUCUGGAGUGUGUCCCUCGAUCACCACAGGCCACUGUCACCUGGCACAUACAGAGAGACGACCACUUAGAAGAGGUGGUAUUAGAUGAACGUAUGAUCAAGACAGACGAUGGUUUGUUGUUUCGCCGUGUACUCCGUCAGGACGAAGGCAUCUAUGUGUGUCGAUCUCGGGAACAUGGAUUUACUCAAACCCUCUCACGCUUCUGGUUGGACAUUUUACAUGCCGACACCCUGUCGGACCUCUUAUCACGUGAUAGCAAAUAUAAGGUGUGGUCACCGUGCCCUGCCCACGUGUCCCCUGCCAAUCGCAGCCCAGCAAGGGCGUGGUUUAAGGACGUCUUGCAGCUGAUAGGUCCGUCAAACCUGCCGCAGGUGGAGCAAUACUGUGAGCGUGUUUGGUGUAAUGAAAAGCUGAGAAGGAAACACAAGACCAUGAUGGACAAAUAUCGGCAAGCGCAGGACUCAGCGAGGAAAGCGCGGAUCCAGAAAAGUACAGGGGAACGGAUACGCUCUCCACGGGACCUCCGCACAGCAGAGUAAAAUUUAUGUGCGCACAUCACAUAGUGAAGGGAAGGUAUGGACUUUCAAUGGAAAGUGGACAAAGGACUUUUUUUGAUAGCAGCACGCAACCAUUUUUGUUCAUAGUGAUGAUAAAUAUAAUUUUAGGUUUAUAAGUCCAACUUCGGGUUGUUGGCCUACAACAGUUCUUAUGACCACAGAAACAACACCUCAUCACCUCAAAGCAGGCCGUGGAUAUAGUUUUUAGUGUCUUACUUAGUAUUAAGCAGCUGCAAAACCUUUUCACUGGAACAGAUGAGGGAGGCAGGAUGGACACAUUGACUUCAGUAGUAAAUUGGAGAACUGCCACUGCAAAAACAGGUGCCAAAAAACACAUUCAUUCUGAACACAUCUGGCUCUCAUACAGCUGGGCAUAAUAUUCAGACUUUUUCUCAAUGUUGAAUUAAGUCAUAGGCCCGGUUUCAUAGACACUGUUUAUCUUAAGCCAGGGCUUUGCCUUAGUUGAAUUAAGAUAUUUAUCUCGCUUUUAUACAAAUGCCUUCGAAGAAAACAUUGCUGGCGUGCAUCUCGAUACAAAACAAUGGCACAGAUACAUUUUAAGAUGAUUCUGCGCAAGUUAUUUUCAGUUAAGACAGGUCACACAUUCAUUUUAGUCUGGGACUAGCCUUUCGCCUUGUCUGUGAAACCAUGCCACAGUGUUUAGCAAAACUUAGCUUGCCAGUGCAUUAAGCUGUAAGAAAAUGACAUUUUAAAAUAAGACAUUUUGGUAACUAGAUCAUAGGCUGACGACUGUUGAGACUUCAACAGAACUGAAGAGCUUUUGGCAAUCAUGAUUCGUAUAGGCAUAUUUUUUUUCCAGCUUAAUUUGAAAGAAUUCUUUCAAAACAGGGUUUGUGAUUCAUUCAUGUUUUAACCAGACGUUUUAACAUUUUGGUGUCUAUUCCUGUGUUGUUGUGCUGGGAAGCCCCGCCCAUAGUGAAAUCUAAUCUGUCCGAAUCCUACUCCAAACAGCGAGAUUAUACGUACAAUGCUGUGACGUUUAGUGUCAAUAGAUAAAGUGCUUGUUGUUGGAAUUUCAUUGCAAUGUGUCUGGUUAAGACACUGUGUAAAGCUACAUACUCAGAGGCUUUCGUAGCAUUAAUGUGAAAUAAUCUUUUUUCUAGCUAUUUACUAUAUUUUUUGCCCAGACUUUUUGGCUCCCUUUUAUUUAAACUAGACUGUCCUGCAUCACUUGAACUAUGUUUAUUUAUUAUUAGUCAUAAAAAUGUGGAAACAUUGACUGCUUUCUUUAAAAACAUUGUGGUUUGUAAAAAUCUCUCAAAGAGAGAUGGAGAAAUUGUCCGACUCCCAAACCUUCUGACAUCUUUUCUGAACGUCAGGGAAUACCCUUUAUGUUGCUGGACCAGAUCAAGCAAAAGAAACACAACUGUUUAAUAUAACAUUUUCUGUGCCCUGACGGGACUGGCUGCAUAGAAUUGCACUGAAAGUUUGCUAUUUGUGAAUGGGUACAGCAGCACUGUUCUGACAUUUUUUCCAUCUUACUGUAUCGCUCAUUUGCCUUUAGCUGUUUAUUGAUAACACUUUAAAAAUAGAGCUUAAUAGUUGUGUAGAGGCAUUAAAGCAAACAUUUAAUAGUUCUGUACAAUUUACCAUGUGCAACAUAACUGCUUUUCAAUAUUUUUUCACAUGAUGGUUGUGAUGGUUUUAGCCCUCUAGUUUUUUCCUCUGUAGAUAAAAUAUACAGCAUAAAGAAUCUGUUUUUAUACCAGGUUGUCUUAUGUAUUUAUGUGUUAUUUAAAAGUGAUUCUUGCAUGCAGAGAAACUCCAACCAGUGUUUGGUUCAGUGAUACAUAAAUAAAAACAUUUCACAGAAGGUUUUUUGGGUU